AGGGGGCGGUGUAGAGAAACAACUUUCGGCACCAACAUGUGGAUGUUGGGCUGAACACAGCAGCCCUCCUGUUUGUUUGACAGAAAUAAUUAAUUUUACUAAACGUGUAACUAUUGCAGAGACUCCGUGGCGUCACGAACAUGCGCGACAGUUACCCCACGCCGGAUUACUCCCACGCAGGACGCGGAAGCUUCCAGGACGUGUACGAGCCCGCGGAGGACUCGUUCCUGCUGAUCGACGCGCUGGAGAAAGACGCAGAGAGGCUGCUGCAGACCAGCCCCUGCGUGUGUCUGGAGGUGGGCAGCGGCUCUGGGGUGGUCUCUGCGUUCCUGGCAUCAGUGGUUGGACCUUCAGCUCUCUACCUCUGCACCGAUGUGAAUCCAGCUGCAGCUCAGUGCACAGCCAGAACCGCCUCCUGUAACCGCGUCUCACUGCAGCCCGUCAUCACAGACCUGGUGGAGGGCCUCCUGCCUCGGCUGUGUGGGAAGGUGGACGUCCUCCUCUUUAACCCUCCCUACGUGGUGACGCCCUCAGAGGAGGUGGGCAGCAGAGGCAUAGAAGCUGCCUGGGCCGGUGGGCAACGAGGCAGAGAGGUGACCGACAGGUUUCUGCCUCUGGCUGCUCAGCUGCUCUCCACCACAGGCCUGUUCUACCUCAUCACCAUCGCUGAGAACAACCCAGAGGAGAUCAUGGGGUUACUGGGCCAAUGUGGACUGGAAGGGGAAUCGUGCUCGUCUAGGCGGGCCGGAAACGAACGGCUGUCUGUUCUGAGAUUCUCCAGGAAGCAGCAGACGUGAUCGCCGCCUGGAAGAGGUUGCUUGUGGACCAGCGAGCCCACGAUCCAGGCCUCGUCGUGGACCUGCAGCUGGCGUAGGACCCUCUGAGCGUCGGGCGGGGCCACCACCAGCACCGCCCCCAGGCCGCAGUUGAAGGUGCGUGCCAUCUCCUCCUCGCUCAGACGGCCCUCUCUGUGGAGCCAGGAGAAGACGGCGGGGAUGCUCCACUGCGACGCGUCUGGAUCACACGUUUAUGUCACCUUUUCUACAUUAAAAAGUACAAAGACAGCUGCA